UUUUUUGUACUGGUAUUGUUAUUUUUAUUGAACUCUGGGGUCCAUCAGAGCACAGCUUGAGUGCAGAAUGGCUGAACUGGUUCGAAUCCGUAAGAAAAGACUUCAGAUACCCAUCUCUAGGCUGAGGAGCAUGCUGAAGCAGCUAGACGAGAAAGAUGUUGAUUUUGAAGAAAUCAAAAAGAAUCUGGAAUACACAGCAUCAUUACUAGAGUCAGUGUACCUGGAUGGAACAAGGCAAUGUCUGGAGUCUGAAGAUGACCUCCAGCAACUGCAAUCAGAUGGGGUGCCAUCAGAGGUCACUGACUGGCUGGCUUCCACUUUCACCCAGAGGAUCCGCCGCCCUGGGCGCCGCUCUGAUGAGAAGCCAAAGUUUCGCAGCAUUGUGCAUGCAGUGCAAGCUGGGAUAUUUGUAGAGAGGAUGUUCAAGAGGGCCUACACAGCAGCCAUGCCUGACCAACCUGCAGUGGUCGUAAAUUGCCUCAGGGAUGUUGACCGUUGGAACUUUGAUGUAUUCGCUCUGAACUCAGCCAGCACUGAUCAUGCACUACGAACUGUGUUCUUUGAGCUGAUCACCAGAUAUGAGCUCAACAGUCGCUUUAAGAUUCCCAUCUCAUGCCUCACAGAAUUCUUGUCUGCACUGGAGAGAGGAUACUGCAAAUACAACAACCCCUACCACAGCCAUGUUCACGCCGCUGAUGUAACUCAGACACUGCACUGCCUGCUGUUGCGCUCCGGACUUGUGCACUGGCUGACAGAACUCGAGGUGAUGGCAUCCCUGUUUGCUGCAGCCAUCCAUGACUAUGAACACACAGGAACUACAAAUAACUUUCACAUCCACACAAAGUCAGAGUUUGCCUUGAUCUAUAAUGACCGGUCUGUUCAAGAAAGCCAUCACCUGAGUGCAGCAUUCCGCCUACUGCAGGACAACCAAAUGAACAUCUUUAUUAAUUUGACAAGGGAGGAAUGGCUGGAGCUGCGGUCACUUGUUAUAGAGAUGGUGUUGUCCACGGACAUGUCCUCCCACCUACUUCAAGUCAAAGCAAUGAAAUCCUGUCUACAACAACAGGAACGGAUUGACAAGGCCAAAGCACUGUCUCUGUUACUGCACACAGCUGACAUAAGUCAUCCAUCCAAGCCAUGGGCACUGCACUCUCGAUGGACCAAAGCCUUGAUGGAGGAGUUUUUCAGGCAGGGUGAUAGAGAGGCAGAACUCGGCCUCCCUUUCUCUCCACUGUGUGAUCGACAAACCACCCUGGUAGCUGAGUCCCAGAUUGGUUUCAUAGACUUCAUUGUGUAUCCUACAUUUUCUCUGCUGACUGAUAUGGCUGAAAAGAUUGUUAUUCCUUUGGUGGAAGAGAACCCAGGUCCACCAGACCCCUGCAACAGACAUAGUAAUCUUUGGAAGGAGAGCUCCAGAGGUCUGCAGUGGAGCCUCGCACACAUCACAGCUGAGCUGGUGAGCUUCCGCUCCACUUGGACACGACACACUGAAGACAACAAGCUCAAAUGGAAGGAAAGUGGCUCGAAUGGAUUUUCAGACCCCAGUGUGACAAAAGAACAGCGAUCCAGACAAGAAGUGUUGUCCCUGCAAAAUCCCACUACAGAUACAAAGUAGUAGACAGGAAUUCAUUUGUAAUAUGUGUUUGCAUAAUAGAAAAAUAAGUAAAACUUUUAUAACAAGACUCAGAUACCUGUUUAUUAUAAUGACUGAGAAAUCUUCCCAAGGUAAGAUACAUUGUAAUCAAAGAAAUGUCCCAAUGUCUUAUUUUAAAUGUAGUAUAAUACAGUAAUUUAAAUACAACAGUACACAUGCUGGUCAUGUUAUACAGUGUAGUCCUUGUCAUUAAUUUAAUAUAUCAUCUAAUUGGGUGUAAGGUACUUUUGAAGCAUAAAGCAAUCAUUUACCUUUGAAAUAAAC